ACACGCUGAACAUUCUAUAUCAUACCCAUAAUCUUCAUAAUAGAACAGCGGCAAUCUCAUGCCAAAGAUUUAGUAUCUUCAAAUGUGCCAACCAAUGGUAGAGCUCCCAAGGGUCCACGACCCCUCCAUCCCACCUCUGCCCAAGCACGUAAGCUUGGUUAUGGCGGCGGGGUAGGUAGUUCCAAGUUGCGUUGAGGACUAAGGUAGACACGGCAGAUAUUUCCUCGCGACGACGAUAACCUCUCAUUCCCAUCAACGUUCCAAGUCCUUGCUCAAACUAAUCUCGGUUUCAAUUCGUCAAUAUGGGUGACCUCCCCACUACGUUCGACAAGCCUGUCCAUAUCGCCGUGAUUGGCGGUACUGGUCUCGGUCAGCUCGAAGGCUUCGAGCCCGUCGCUGCUCUCAACCCUAUUACACCUUGGGGACACCCGGCCUCGCCGAUCCAGAUCCUCUCCCACAAAGGUGGCUACGUCGCUUUCCUUGCUCGCCAUGGUGUUCACCAUCAGUUUGCUCCUCACGAGGUCCCGAACCGUGCAAACAUCGCUGCUCUACGACAUAUUGGUGUUAGAUCCGUCAUUGCCUUCUCUGCCGUCGGUUCCUUGCAAGAGGAGAUCAAGCCUAUGGACUUUGUCGUCCCGGACCAGGUCAUUGAUCGCACAAAGGGUAUCCGUCCCUUUACCUUCUUUGAGGGUGGUGUAGUUGGACACGUUGGCUUUGCCGACCCUUUCGAUGCAGGCCUUGCUAAGGUGGUCAAGGCUUGUGCAGCUCAUAUGGAGGGUGACGGCGUCGUCUUGCACGAGAAGGGCACGGUCAUUGUAAUGGAAGGACCGCAGUUCUCAACCCGCGCCGAGUCGAACAUGUAUCGAUCGUGGGGAGGAUCUGUUAUCAACAUGUCGACCCUUCCUGAAGCCAAGCUUGCCCGCGAGGCCGAGCUGGCCUACCAGGUGAUUGCCAUGGCCACCGACUAUGAUUGCUGGCAUUCGUUUGAGGAUGUUAAUGUCGAGCUGGUCAUCAAGUACAUGAAGGCUAACAACGAAAAUGCCAAGCGACUCGUAGCGGGUGUCUUGGAUCGACUUGGUGAGCUCGAGAACAGCGACCUGGUCCAAGCGAAGCACUGGGCUGGUGCCUCUCAAGGAGCCGUCAAGUUCAUGACCAAGCCAGCUGGCCGUGAUCCCGAGGCCAUGAAGAAGGUCGAAUACCUUUUCCCUGGCUUCUGGGAGGAAUAAACCCAAGGUAGUCAAAAGCAGAAAGAGACGGAUAUUCGAGGGUAAACCAAAGUACGUAGACAAAGACAGAUAGGCUUUUGCUGUGAUAGAGGCGUUAUUGUAAAGCGGCGGAACAAUCAUUGGUCAUCGAUAUGAGUUCGAAAUCCAUGCGCCUGCUUGCUCGUUGAUGAGAUAUUUAGAAUCAUGCACUCGUCA